UUGGGUGGAUAUUGAGCUGCGGUUUCUUGCCAUCGAAGCUGUCCUCUGACCAGCUGAACUGAGGAGCAAUGUCUGCGCAAGGGCUUCCAGCUCACAUUCUUGCGCUUUUCACACCCAGGCCUCCUCCCCAGCACCUACCGCCGUGCGUCCUGAAGCCCUCGGUGAAGCUCUCAGGCUGUGCAGAGAGCCUUGCCUGAAACAUGUCCGGGAUGAUUGGACGUUCAGGGAUGACCAUCAGAUCAUCGGAUCGUUCUGUAGAGGCUGCCAGGAAAGGGUUCUCGGAUGGUCCCUGCGGCAGACGUGCGAGGGGAGCUUGAAAGCCGCGAAAUCGCUGUCCGUAUCUUGGAGAGUGGCCGAAGUGAGUUUAAGGGUUGAACUGUUGAACGGAAAGCCUCAGUUUAGUGCGUCCUCGGUUGGCCUGAGUUGGGUGCAAUACCUGCAGCGUAGAAGUUGGUCCAGAGAAAAUCAGGUCGGUCACCGGGGAAAGUCGCUUCGACUCGCCUUGGGAGCAAGCUGCUGACGAGGUGAAAAGACGAAGAUUGUGUGGUUAGAGACUUGCAUUGAGUCGCUGUGCAGCGAGCAGUCGCUUUGGGGUUUUCGAGGUAACCAAGUGCCGGUGAAUCCCAUGGGCCCAUGGGAGUUAAGGACACCUGCGGGAACCGGGCACCUUUACGUUUAUGCUUCAGUUUACCUACGUCCAAAAUUUUAAUUGGAUGUUACAGUACAUUCAAUCUCAAAACCCUGUAACCUUGGCUUGGUCACAUAUUAUCAUGGACAAUAGAGCCCAAUUAGAGGGCGCUCUGAGCAGUAUCAGUAUAAAGUAUAUGGUUUAGAGAUCAUCGAAAUGCUGACCUUCACCUAGGUACGUUGAAUUUUUCUCUGCAGCCCCUUGGCUGCAUUUCUCCACAUAGAAUUGCAUGGUGUCGCAUUUUUGGUCAGACCGAAGGGCCGCGCAGGGUUAGCUUGAUAAGACGACUGCUGCAGAUUUGGAAGGGUUUGUGGAGUCGUUAAGGCCCGCAGCAGAUUCAGUACGAGACCUGCACCAUAAUGUUUCUUGACGAUUGCUCUUGAAUCAUCGUAUGCAUACUGCAUACAUUCAUAUAUAUAUAUACAUAUGUACAUCUUUUACAUAUAGUAGAUAUAUAAGGUGACAAGAGAAGGCAAUUCUAGGGAGACAUUUACGGCACCCCCGAUGGGAUGUACAAUGUGCCGCAAUGAGGAUCCGCCGCCUCCCAAAGAGCCUUGGGAGUCACCACUGGAGCGUAAGGCUCGAAGGCACCGUGAAAAGGUUGAGGCCCACAAAGCAGCUCAGAAGAAGGUCAUCGAGGCCUAUGACCCUCACAAGGAUCCCAACGCCAGCGGCGAUCCCUUCAAGACACUCUUUGUGGGACGAAUUAGCUAUGAUACGACUGAGAAGAAGCUGAAGCGUGAGUUCGAAGUCUUUGGAAGCAUCAAGAAGGUUCGCAUGGUCUAUGACCAAAAAGGGAAGCCAAGAGGAUAUGCUUUCAUUGAGUUUGACCAUGAACGUGAUCUAAAGAACGCAUAUAAGCAGGGAGAUGGCAAGAAAAUCGAUGGCCGCCGUGUGAUGGUGGAUGUGGAACGUGGCCGCACGGUGGAGGGCUGGCUUCCGCGGCGCCUUGGGGGAGGCCGAGGCCCCGGACGACAAGGUAAGCCAGCAAAGAAGAAGCAGAGGAGAUUGGCCGAAACCACAGAGAAGUUGAAGGAAAAGGAGAAGGAGGAGAAGAAAGAAAAGAAGGAGAAAGACAAAGGGGAGAAAGACAAGGGCAAGGAAAAAGAGAAAGCCAAGGAGAAGGCUGGGUUUUCCUGCAAAGGGCUGAGAAGGAAUCGGUCAGUGGUCGCUUUCUUUCUUGCUUAGAAGAAACAGUUCCUUCAACUAUACGUCCUCUUCCCGGCCUUCCAGGAAGGCCGCCUUUUACACAAACUCAGACGUGUUUAAUGUAGCCUCCUCGCAAAAGCCAUCGAAAGAUGUGCCAGAUGUGCACGGCCUGGUGCACGGCGAACGGUGGGACUGGUCGGGAGGGCGAUGGGGAUAAGGGGUGUUGGUAGAAGAACUCCCAUGAGUGAAACCAGAAGCUUAGAAGCCUGGUAGUGGGCCCAAUCUCUAGCUGAGCUCUCUUGUGUUGGGCUGAAGCAAGGAACAACUGUCUGUUGCUGACAUCUCCUCAAGCCAAUACCAAGGUGUCCCAGCACUUCCUCCCCCCCCAAAUAGUAUACUCACUAGUUACUAGUUCUGGGAGCAUGCGUGACGACAGGCCCAGGAUGGCUUUUUCAUACGUUUGGCUCCGGCCCUGUACGUGACUAUAUCAUAUCUACGAGUGGGAAUGCACUUAUGUUAUCAUUUCCUGUUUCACUGUUGAUUUGGUACCAGCAAAGGACUGCCGUGCCUGCAUAGAUUUAGGUGCAAUACCACAGAACCGUCACGACCGGACCUGUUUGGCUUCACCCUCACACGAAGCUACUGGGUCGGGAUGGCUUCCGCGUCGGCGAACACUGCGUGGGGCCCUUUUUCCAGCGAACAACGUGCUUUUUUUUGGUGCUUUUGAGGUUCCGGUGUGUUGUUUCUGCAACCUGUGAAGUAAAGUAAAGUGCCACAUAGAAGGUUCAGUCGAGCUGCAACUGAGGAAACUCCACGCAGACUCUGUGCUGCCUGUGGUAAGGCAUCCGGAAGGCCGUUGAUUCGUAGGUCUUUAGGCAGCGAAGAACGAGGUUCAAUAGGAACUCCGAAUUCAGCGUACACCUUGUCGACGCAUUGAAUCUACCGACCUUGUCGACCUUUUUGUCGAGGCACUUUAAGAAUCCUUUGGGGUCAGACUCUCCGUAGGAAUCCCCUCUGAAGGCAGAGCCCUACUUUUCUGAAGCAGAACCCCUCGGUUUUGCCGACGUUAGGAGCAGCAUGGCACCGCACGUCUUUGGGGCAUGCCCAGCCUCUUUCCCUUCUAUGUAUUUCACCUGCAGGACGAUGAUCGGAAGGAUCGGCGAGACCGAGAGAAGGAGAAAGAAAGGUCAAAAGAGAAAGAGAAGGACAAGGAGAAAGACCGGAAGGACAGGGAUAAGGAGAAGGAGAAAGACAAGGACAAGGAGCGCAAGCGUGAACGUUCUCGCAGUCGCGAUCGCGACCGCAGAAAGUGAACGGAAACAGGCAGAGGCUGCAGGCCAUGAGAGAGGCUGCAUGAUGUUUCUUGUGAUAGUCUUUAUGGGAAUGGCGAAUCCGGACAUGGCCAGACCCCAAAGCUGUGAACGACUUAGUUCUAGUGAGGCAGGGGCUUUCCAGCAGGUGAGACUCUAAUCAUGGCUUUGAAAGCACAAGUGUCACAAGAAUCACAAGGGAUUCCCAAUUGACUUGGUGAAGCGUGG